AUGACUCUAACCCGCUCCCAGACGGGGAAGACCCCCAACCCUGUUGCGCCGUGCAGGAAAAUGGAUCGCCCUGGUUUCAUCGAGACCCCCGGCCGUCGCGUCACCCGCAACAGCUCCGUCGUCGACGGCAGCGAAAACGAGGGCUCCAAUUCCCCAUCCGAGCGAUCAAAGUCCACCACCCGCCGUCGCGUGUCGGGCAAGGUCAAGACUGAGGAGGAUGAUACUCCGGUGAAGGUGGAGGUCAAUGGCAAGGCUACACCCGCCAAGGCGCAAUCCAAGUCGCGCCUGGUGGAUGGAUGGGAGCCCGGCCUUGAUUCCAAGAUCGACUACAGUGGCCACUUCGAGUUCGGUGGCUCGUUCGGCGUGUUGUCCAUGAUGAUUGGUUUCCCUAUGCUCAUGUACUACAUGUGGAUUGGUGCAACCUACUACAAUGGCAAGUUCCCUCGCCCCGCAGAGGGGGAGAGCUACGGGGACUUUUUUGCCCACCUAGUGGAUCUGGUUUACUCGGGUGCCUUCCCUUCGCUGAAGGCGUGGACCAUCUACUGGGUGUUCUUCAUCUUUGAGGGUGCUUGCUACGUCCUGCUUCCCGGUGUGAGUGUGUCCGGCCGCCCCCUGCCUCACAUGGGUGGCAAGCAAUUGCCGUACUACUGCUCCGCUGUGUGGUCUUUCUACACCAGCAUUGGCUUGGCUUUGAUUGCGCACUUCACCGGACUGUUCAAGCUGUACACCAUCAUUGACGAGUUCGGUCCCUUGCUGAGCGUGGCUAUCAUUUCCGGCUACAUCGUCUCCUUCAUUGCCUACUUCUCGGCGUUGGCGCGUGGUGCCCAGCACCGUAUGACCGGUUACCCCAUUUACGACUUCUUCAUGGGUGCUGAGCUGAACCCUCGCAUGUUCAACAUUCUUGACUUCAAGAUGUUCUUCGAGGUUCGCCUUCCUUGGUACAUUCUCCUGUUCCUGUCUAUGGGUGCCGCUGCUCGCCAGUGGGAAGUCUACGGUUACGUGUCUGGAGAAGUUAUGUUCCUUGUCAUGGCUCAUUUCCUAUACGCCAAUGCCUGCUCUAAGGGUGAGGAGUGCAUUGUGUCGACUUGGGACAUGUACUAUGAGAAGUGGGGCUUCAUGCUGAUUUUCUGGAACUUGGCUGGUGUGCCUCUCAGCUACUGCCACUGCACCAUCUACUUGGCCAACCACGACCCUGCUGAAUACCGCUGGAACCGAUUCUUCCUUGCCUUCCUGUACAUCGCCUACCUGUUCGUGUACUGGGUGUGGGAUACCACCAACAGCCAGAAGAACCGUUUCCGCCAGCAGGAGCGUGGCACCAUGGUGGCCCGCAACACCUUCCCUCAGCUGCCGUGGCAGACCGUGAAGAACCCCAAGACUCUGACCGCCGCCGAUGGCUCGAAGAUUCUUGUCGACGGUUGGUAUGGCAAGGCCCGCAAGAUCCACUACUCGUGCGACCUGUACUUCGCUCUGAACUGGGGAUUGAUUACCGGGUUCUCCAGCCCCUUCCCCUGGUUCUAUCCGCUGUUCUUUGCUUGUAUGAUUAGCCACCGUGCUCUUCGUGAUAUCCAGCGCUGUCGCACCAAGUACGGUGAGACUUGGCUCGAGUAUGAGCGCCAGGUGCCCUACUUGUUCAUUCCUGUGAGUAUUCUGACUCAAUUGAUGAGGGCUUUUCACUAA